AUGGGUCGAUCCGAUUAUUCGAGCUCUACAGAUACUAUAGAGUUUAUGAAGCCAAGGCCGCCAUCCAGGGUGAGACAGCCCCGCGAGGCCCGCGAGGAGCGUGAACAUUACUACGAUGUUGACGAUUACUCGGACUCGGACUCCGACUUGAUCGACGUUCGCCGCUUGACGAGGGCAGAGCCCUACGUCAAACCCGAUAAUGCCAUCGAGGUUGAUCUUCAGAACACUGCCAAUAGCUCAACUUUCAACGCCCAAGCACCAGCGCGACAGACCACCGAGAACAGGCUAGACAGACUGAUCCAGAUCCGUCAGCGUCAUCAUUUCGAAUCCAUUGAAUGGCGUAAGAUCCUGAGCGUUCGCCGGUACGUGAACCAGGACGCCAGGGAAACCGCCUUGGUCCAAUCCCAGAUGUCCACGGCUGGCGGAGGAAAAGACGAUUUCCAGUUCCCGUGGAUACACUUGAAAGCCCAACAUCCACAGCUGCAUGAUUUCCAAAAUUUCGUAGCCACCCUAGAUUCGGUGGAUCCCGACGAGCGCAGCCUUGCCACCGUCUUGUUGAAGAAGAUUGCUGAAGAGCACGUACAGAGUCAUUCCUGGGGAAAGUUUCUGGAAGGCCGGGUCGACCGAUGUGACGGCCACACGGGGGCGGCGCCCGACAAAUGGGCAAUCUUUCUGUCCGUCCAUCACCUGCAUGCCGGCCCACGACCUCGCGGUCAUUCGGUUGCGCCGGAUUCGCAUCCUCCGCGCACCCUGUUCGAGUACCACUACAAGGACCAGGAGAACACGGCGGAGCGGGAUGCAAAGCAGAUCAUGCGCCGGGCGUCCCGAUCGGACGAGAUUCUUCACGUGCACAACUUGUGGCUGUUGCUGCUGAGUUCAGGAACCCUCAUCACGAGCUCCCCCGAUCCAGUGGAUGAUUACCUCGGGACAUCUGUGCUCGUCGAAGACAUCACCAACCAAUCCGCGAAGGGGGAGCUCCAGAUUAUUCGCUUUUUUGAUCCCACAGACCGACAAUUCUUCGUACCUUCGGCGCACUGCGAAACCUGGUUUGCCAUGAUGGACAAGGUAGUCGGCCUGUGUGGCAGCACAUACGGCGAGGCCCCUGAAAGAUAUCAUGUCAGCGACAUCAACGGGAUUGAAGUCACUGCUCCGGACUGGCAACAGUUUCUCGCCAGCCAGGACAGCUUUUGCGCUACUGUGCGCAUAUCUCUCGUCUCGCUUGCUCCACCGCCACCUCCAGAUGUAUCGGAGGCUUUCGGUCGAGACUCUGUUGCGAAUAUCACUCGCCAUGACGGCCGAGUUCUCGUUAAACGUUAUAGGGAUGACGAAUUCCCUAGCUACCGAAAAUGGAGAUAUAGACCGCGCCGAGACAGCAGCGGAUCCCGUUAUGGGGUCGAGGCUAGGCCUGACAAGGAGAGUAGGGAGGAGAUUGAAAAGAAGAACAAGGAGAUCGAACGUGAGGUGGCAAGCGUUCUCCGACCUGGCCAUGAUCCGACAAUAGACCCAGGUGCAGAUGCCCCUGAGAAUGCGACGAGCCCUUUGUCGCGAACAGCCACCGGAGAACUUGAAUACCAGCCCAUGUAUUCUCAUGACCGAACAGAGUCCCCUAUCCCAAUGGACACAACGGCCCAGAAGUCUCAUACCCAGUCUCAUACCCAGUGGUCACGGACUCCUCCAGUUCCGCGGAGUGGCAGAAGGACUGCUGACUCUCUGGGCCCAGUCAUGAGACGUACGAGCUCGGCCUACGUCGAGGUUCGAGGACAGCAGCGCGAGGACAACGCACUCGCGUUAGUCCCAUACACACACAGAGGACGUCGAAGCAGAUCGAGGGAGCCAGGUGCGGUGUCCCGCAGAUCGACCAGCCGGGUGGACUGUCGGAUCGCUCCACGGCGCCCUACGGAGUCGACGGUUGACGUAGAUCGGGACCGCGAUCAGCUUGCCCUCGUGCGUGGAGACAUGAGAACCAGAGAGGAGCGCGAGCAAGCGAUCAAGCGACGGCGUGAGAACUCGACAUAUCGAAUUGACUUCCUUCCCCAUAUCAUCACCAACCAGGCGCCUCCUGCGACCUAA